AUGAAGUCAUCGAUUGACGGUUGGGCCCUGACUGUCUGCACGCCUGCUUGGGUAUGGGCUAGAGACGUCAAAGUCUUGGGUCUGGUCUGUGGCCAUGGCAAAGCAGGGAAGGAAAGGCCGCCACUUGGCAUUGGGACCCAGGCACGCAAACAGGACAAGGCCAAGAGCCACAACGGCGCAAGACAACCUACCAGGGCUUAG